CCUCCUGAUUUUAGCUUAGUAAUGCUAUCUCACUCUGAUAUUCAGCUUUUCCUAUAUCUGUUGCUCUCUAAUGACCUUUGAAUAUGCUGAAUAAUACAUGAAAUCUUUGUUUACUUCCAAUGAGUAGUUGUAUCUUGCGCGAGUGUUUUCGGUUUUUGUUAUUGUGAGCUAAGGAAAAAUAUUAUCAAUACACAAGAAUUCACGUGUUAUCUGUUAUUGAUUAUUAUCCGAAUAAUCGAAAAUACAAAGACGUUAAUCUGUUGUAGGAAUUGCAAAAGUGGGUGAAAUUAAUAGUUUGCUCUAAAUUUAAUAUCGAUAGUCAUUGUGUAUAAUCAACUGCUUACAAAUUAUUUGGUGUUGUGCUCGUGGAUCGUAUUAUGUAAUGUGACGAUGAAUUUGAUUAAUCUCGGACAUAAUACAACAAUCACCUAAACAUUCACACAAUAUUGUGUCGUGUAAAUCAGUGAAAUAAAUAAACAUUGUAGGGUUCGACACGUGGGUUUCCGUGAAUCAAAAUCGAUAAAGGCGUAAGCGUGCGCCAGUCUAUCAACAAGACGAUUCUACGUCAAGGUCACUUCACAUAAACACGUGCAAUGUCGGAUUCUAUUUACAAUCAUGACUUUCUUUUAGACCCGAGUUUAGAAAUUAAACAAGAAUCGCCUUUCGAGUUGGGGACGAUGUCAGCUUCCGUGCCGAUUCCUCAGAGGCGCGCUGACUUCUGUGACUUCAACUCGGACCUGGAUUUGUGCUUACAGGACUCCCAAGUCGGCUCUUUCCACAGUGUACCUACACUAUCAUACAACAAGCUCUCCUUUGAUACUGAAUCUCCAAAAAUGGAACCAUUCAAAAUGGAAGACGACGAUAUAUUCCAAGUAGACAAAGCUGACUUGAUAUUGGGGCCGACUCUUGCUGAGCUAAAUGCAAACCCAGACACAUCACUGGAUGAUUUAAACUUUGAUGAUUUACUCUUACCAGAAGAGAGUGGCUAUUGUAUACAGAUAGGAGGAGCUAUGAGUGGGUCUAAGCGCACAAUGAACACUUUACAGACAAGCAUGUUGAUGACAGACAGUCCAUGUAGUCCGUAUGGGCACGCUCAGCUGGCAUUUUCACCAUCCAGCCAACAUAGUUCUGCAUCAUCAAGUUUUGUUCCACCUAUUAGUCAGUUGCCAGAAAUGCUUUUGCGCAUGGAUGGCUACAGUGGGGAAAUUGCAUUGGGGCAAUCUGUACCUGCAUCAUCAGUCUUGCCACCCUUUCCCAACAAUGUAAAAACACAACAAGCCCCUCUGUCCUCGUCCGCACCAACACAUCUAACAAUGGAACAGAUAUGGCAGCGACGAGAGCCACGUAAGCAUUUGUUAUCCACCAGCUCCUUGGCAGAAGCAGGCUCUGUAUCAUCCCUGUCUGGUGGCCUACUCAGCCCAGGCACUGGAGACUUCUCACAGGAUGAAGAUGACAGGGACAUAGAGUCAGACGAAGACAGUGACAGAUAUGAGGAUCUUUCAUCAGAUGAAUCCAAUGACGACUGUCCAGAGAGGAAAGAAGCUAGGCAAAAUGCUAAGAGGGAAAGGUAUUUUUGGCAGUACAAUGUUCAAGCUAAGGGACCCAAAGGACAAAGGUUAAUAUUAAAGAAAAAGUCAGAGGAUCCACAUGUCCUUAACUCAGUUACAGAUCCAGUGUUCAGUCCCAACUGUAAUGUGAAAGGCAUAAAACACAGCGGAAAAGCGCGAAAAGGGGAUGGUAACGACCUAACGCCUAACCCUAGAAAACUGUACGUAAUCGGCGCAGAAUUGGACAAAUUGGGUAAAGUAAUAAAUGACAUGACCCCUGUCAGUGAACUGCCAUUCAAUGUAAGGCCAAAGACAAGGAAAGAGAAAAAUAAACUAGCCUCAAGAGCAUGCAGAUUGAAGAAAAAGGCACAACACGAAGCAAACAAGUUAAAGCUGUAUGGCUUACAACAGGAACAUAGACGUCUGAUGAAUGGUAUCAAUCAACUGAAGCAAAUAGUGAGAGGGCGUGUUACGAAUCCUGAAAGCAGUGUCGAUUGGUCAACGCACAUCAGUAGUGUAGUUAAUACAGCAACAGAGGUCAAAAUAGCCGGCAAAACUUCCGAGUUCGUUAACACAAUAUUGGACAAUGUGAAAUCAGGACAAAAUAAUGGCGGACUAACCGACAUUUAAAGGUAACAUUUACGAAUAUUAUAAACGAAAGGCUGUUUUAUGUACCUCCAAAGUUAUAUAGAGAAAACUCGCGUCUUUCAUACGAAAGCUUAAUUGUCAUAGACAAUUUUAUUUUUGUAUGAAUCGGAAAUAGAAAAAAAUAGAUUUAAUAAAUACUAUGUAGAGAUGUCUGAAGGCAACUAAUAGAAAUGGUGAACACAAUUCUCAUGGAAAACUUUAGUUUUUAUUUUUAUUGCUUAGUGAAACUUGUGUAAUGUUUUUUAGACAUUAAGUGAAUAAAUAAGCCAAACGAUUAACGAGAUAAUAUUAGUUGUAGAAUAAAAUAAGUGCUAGUUUGUAAGUGAAUAAAUAUCAUUUCACGUUAAAAAACAUUUUUGAAAGUAGUAGUAGUAUCCAGGAAUGUACCAAGGGUUGCCAACCCUACUAUAAUAUAUAGUGUUGUACUAUAUUUUGGGUCUGCGUACUAUACAUACUGUUGGAGAAAUGUAUAGUUCGAAAAAUACUAUAUUUUUCUGAAAAAAUGUUGGCAACCCUUGAUACCUAUGCCAAUGCAGCCAACCAUCAUCGCUGGGUUUCGGCUUUCAUUAUACUAUAAUAUAUAAAAUAUAUUAUCUACGUUACAAAUAUGUUUAUGACAAACCAAUUUAAUUAUCGUUAAAAAAAUAAUAUUUUAAAUAUUAUUAGUAUUUUUAAGAUAAAAAUUAUAAUACAUAGAUAUUUAAAAGGUUAUAUGAUUGAUUUUUUUAAGAGCAAUUUCCAAGAUAUAUUGUUUUAUAUUUCAAUAUAUGUAUUGCAUGCGCUUGUAGAGCGACAAAACCGCUAAACUGAGUCUUCGGCCGAGCAAUGCAGGGGUGCGGUGUAUGAAUAACAGGGGUAGGUAUGAAUAACAGGAAGGGGGUGGUAGGCAUCCUUUCAUUCAAGAAAAAGUCGACUCGACUAUUACGCCGACCUCAUACACUUGUUUUCCGUAUUCGUUUUCCGAAUCUGUUUUCCGUGUCCGGAAAACCGAAUGCAUGAAAUCAAUAUCAUCAUCACCAUCAUCAUCAUCAUCAUCAUCAUCAUCAUCAUCAUCAUCAUCACCAUCAUCAUCAUCAUCAUCAUCAUCAUCAUCAUCAUCAUCGUCAUCAUGAUCAGCCGAUGGACGUCCACUGCUGGACAUAGGCCUCUUACAUGGACUUCCAAACAAAGGUCUCGAGCCGCCAGCAUCCAGCGGCUCCCUGCAAUCCGCUUGAUGUCUUCGGUCCAUCUAUUACCAUUAUAUUAUACUAUUCGGUCUGGGGGGUCGACCAACACUGCGCUUUCCGGGGCGGGGUCGCAAUUUCAGCAUCUUGGGACCCCAACGUCCAUCGGCUCUUCGAGCCUUCUAAUAAAUAGUUAGCGACCAAGUCUAGGAUCCAUAGGUCAUCACUGGCAACACGCACUAUUCGAAGAUUUUCGUCUUCAGGCACUGAGGAAUUUCGGACGAAAAGAUGUCACGAAGUUUCCCAAACGCUGCCCAACCGAGCUGGAUUCAGCGAUUCAUCUCUUUCUCGAAAUUAAAAAUUAUUUCUUGAAAAAUAUAAAAUACAUUAAAUGACGCACAUGUACAAUUUUUGCGAACGGAACAAAUUCCGCGAGUACGUAAUGAAUGCGAGCGCUUGCGAUAAUAUACAUUCCGUAUGAAGUAAAACGUAAAGUCAGUAGUCUCACGGAAUAGACGCAUAGACACACAAUAAAAAACAAAUACUAAGCCUUACUAAAGCCAAACUCGAUAUAGUUUAUCAAUAAACAAAUUAAAAGUUGAAAACGUAUGUUAUUUAUUUCAUCCUAAUUUAUUUAAAAUCAUGUAUUGUUUUUUUUAUAUAAAAUGUUAUUCACAAGAUAAUAACUAUAAAUGCAUUAAGCUUACUAAUCAAAAUUGUCGUUAAUAUAGAUUAGGUUCAAAAUGUUAAAUGACUAGCUAUUUAUUUUGGUUUGGAAUUUGGCCAGUGUUUUUUGGAUCAUCUUUUCAUUCAAAAUUGAUUUAUUUUGAUUAGGCUUAGUUUACUACUUACACUUUUGAAAAGUCAAGUUCUGUCAUAAUUUAAAUUAAUCUAAUGGUGGUAAUAAUAGUCGAAAACUUAAAAUUAAAGUUACGAGGGUUCCAACAUUAAAAGAGACGUCUGCCCCGCAUCCCUGUACCGCGUAAAUCGGGACUUAAUUAUUAAAAUCGUCUGUACCUCCUAGAAAGUUACGAGUAUGUUACCAUAUAUACCAUACCGUUAUGACAAAGUUUAAAUAAAAGCAUUUUAAUUUAGCGGUGCUAUGGUAAAAAAUAUCAGAUUUUUGUAGAGUGUGUUCUAAAAGGAGUUUGUUGAAAAUGAUUAUUACGUAUAUAAUAAUCUUUACGCUAAGAAUAGCACGAUGAUAAAGAUUUUUGAUGAAUAUUCAUAAUGUGUUUGUUAGUCAGCCUCAAGUUCAAACUAGUCAUUAUAAGCAUGUCAAUAAAUUUAUUUUUUUAUAUAUUGUAUUGUACGCCAUGAUAUGCUUCUGUGCAAUAUUAGAACCUAGCAAGAGACAUUAAAAAACGUAUUUCAGCGUCAUUGUACUUUUUUCGUCAAAAAGCUAAAAAAAAAAUAUAGCUAAAAAAAUAAUAGGUUUGAAAAUAGAAAGGCUAGUUGUUUUGCUUUACUCAACAACCUCACCUCUGGUGUAGUUUCUUUGUUAUUUUAUAACCAAGAGCCUGACCCUGAGGGUCUUGGGUCGAUUCAAAUUUUAUAUUUUCUAAAUUGGUUGGACAUUUACUUAGAACUACCUUAAAAUAAUAGUAGAAUAAAAAUCAUAUCACUUGCUAGGUUUUGAAAUUGCACAGUAAAUAUUUCAUAUUUCCAAUUAAAAUCAAUAAGAUAAAAGUAUCAUGCGACGUUUUUAAAAUGCAUAGUUUGGAAAAAAUUGUUAGGUACAUUGUAAGUAAUUCUAAGUUAAGUAUAUUAAUGUUAAUUAGCUUAUAGGAAUAAAUCUGUCUAGAAUAAAACACAUUAAAAUAUUAACUAUGCUUUCAUGGUAAUUCUAAAUACAAUAACAACAUAGGGGUCGUGCAAUUUUGAAGACACCGCGAUUUAUUCUAAAUUAAAUUAAAUAAAUAAUGUAACUUGUUAUUAUUAUAAUUGGCUAUAGUAUGUUCGCGUAACCUAUACAAGUACUAUAGUGUCCCCAUUAAUACAGUGAAAAAUAAUUUAUAAAGACUACUGCGUAAAAAAAAUUAGGAAAUUCUGCAUAUGAUAUUUUAUAUACGCAGGAAGCGCAUUAUUUUGAGAAAGUGGUCAAUUGAAUGUAUAAUUUUAAGAAGAUUAAUUAAUUGGAUUGCGAAUUUUAAUAUAUUCAUUUUCGAAAAUAUUUCGAUUACUGGUAACGUGUGUGAUCUAUUAUCUAUCUAUUAAUAAAUAACAAUUGAACUUGAAAUUAUAACGACGCAUGCCAUGAUAGGUACAUAUUUAUAUUUUUUUACAAUAAUUAUUGAGUAAAAUAUAUACGGUCGAAUUGAGAAACCUCCUCCUUUUUUUUGAAGUCGGUUAAAAAUAGUCUAUCUCAACGUUUAUAAUAUAAAGAUUUAUUAUUUUUCAAUGAUAUUGUAAUCAAUUUGAAAUGUUUGAUUUACAAUCAGAUUAAAAUUAAAUUGAUAAAAAAAUAUUUUUGUAAAAAAAAAAUUGGUAUUUAUUUUUUAUUAUGUGUAAUUUAAUAGUUGAUCGAUAAACUGAGUCUACAGAGGCGAAAAAUUGUUGGUAGCACUCAUCAAAUAAAAAAAUGGGGUUCCUAGGUUUUUAACUAGUGUUGUGUUCACCCUGGUUAAAACUUUGUGCAAGCCAUUGGGGCCCCCGGCAAUGAAAUGAUGACCUUUACAACUAAUAUUGAUAACAAAAACACUGCGUAAAACAUUGACAUGAGUGAUAAAACACUCAUGACAAUUUUCUGCGAUUGAUUGAUUAGUUCUGUCCGCUUAAAGGUAUGCGUCCAUAUAUCCACAUCGUCAGCAUCGGACGCAUCGCAUUAUAUGGAUUUUAAAUUUUACGGUAGACUAGUGCGACUUUCUGUACAAACACUACGAUCCGUAUGAUGCUCUGCGUCCGGCACUUAUAAUGCUGAUUUGUGGACGCCUACCAUUAUUCGAGUACGUAGUCGAUUAUUGUCAAUAUCACAUCGAUAAAUAUUUAAAUUAUCCCAGAGAUUUGAGAGACAGACUAAUCAAUGUGUGUUGUUUUUCUGAUUCUUAUGACAUCAAUAUGACAUUGAAUUUAUGACAUAUAUGGUAUUUUUAUAUACUGAAAUAUUAUAGGAGAGCUGAUAUGAAUUGGCGGUGUUAUUAGAGUGUGAAUCUAACGAUCACAAUUAUCAGACGGUUAAUGACUUGGACCGACCGACGGCUUAAUAUGCUCUCCGAUCUUCCCCACUCCGGGCCGAGAAUAUUUCUUAGUAUUAUUUUAUACUCGUAAAUAAUUAUAUUUGGUCCAAAUUUCUUUUAUUUUUUAAGAAUAUUUGCCAUAUCUUUUUAAAUAUGAGCAAUAUUCCUAUUCCCCUCCAACUAGUCGGGAACGAGACUGUAUUAAGAGUGGGUACGACACUAGUCCAACGGGGUGGAGAUCGAACCACCACCCUUCGAUGAUGAGUCCGACCGCCUUACCAUUGAGCUAUUAAGACCAAGUUGUCGCUUGGUUAGUUUUACCUUUCCACCGUCGACAUUAUUCCAGACCUUAUAACAAAUAACUUCAUUCCAACUCAUCGCUGGAAUGCAUUGUUAUAGUAGAUUUAUUGACCAAUUGAGUGUUUGUUACAUUGAAAUUAUAUCAGAUUCAUUGAAAUUAUAGCAGAUCUGGGGGCGGGCAUUCGGAUUUUUGAUUUUUUGUUUUAUUGUUUAUAAAACUAUAAUAUCUCCAUCUUUGUUAGAAUUCUUGUUUUCAACCGGCUAUUUUUAAUCAAAUUGAGUUACCCGUUCCCGAGAUCACGAAGUAGAUGUAGGUAGAAUACAUAAUAUUAUACCUACGUGGUGUUUAAUAAUUAAUCGCUUUAAGUGUUUAAAAGUUAAUGUACUAUUCAGGAUUCAAUCUGCUGUGAUCCAAAAUAUAUUCAAGGUUUAAAACCAUUUAUUUUCUAUAAAGACCUUAAACAUAUUAUAUAAGGCCCAGAUAAAUAUACAUUUUAUGUGCAUGUGAUAGUUUUACAUCAAAAGUUUAUAAUAAAUCGAAGUACAUAUUGUUUUACAUGUCAGUAGUUUAUCAUUAUCAUAUGAUAUUAGAUGUCGUUAUAUAUAUUUUGUAUAUACGUACAGUCGUGUUUUAUUUAGUACCAUAUUUAGUAGGUAUAAGAAUAAUAUUAAAGUAAUGUUUUACACAUAAGUUGUACUAAAUACACCUUACUAUAAAAAAAUACAGUUAUAUAUUAUACAUAUAGUAUAGACGUCAAACAAAAACCAAUUCAAAAGCUUGAUGAGAAAAAAAUGACGUAGCAUCUGUAGCAUUGUAACACAUGACCAGAACACAGAACCAGAACCAGCUAGGCAGACAAGACAAACUGACAGAAUAAGAUGCCUCGACACGUAUUGUAGGGGGUUAAAAGGAGAGCGAAAAAAGACCAGGUCUUUUUGUUAGAGAUUGUGGCGUUUUUUGUAUUUCUAGUCAGGCUAUAACAAUUAAAAUACACUCAGAUAAGACAAGAUACGAGUAAGACCGUAUUCACGCAUCCUAUCCUCAGGAUUUCAUAUUUAUAACAGUUGGCUAGUGUAGAUGUGUUGCUUGCCUGGGACCAGAUUGUCUACAUACCUUGUACCUAUUUAUCGUGAUAAAGGCAUACGUAAUAAUAAUAAUUCAAAAUUCAGUGUUUCCAAUAACUACCAAUUCAAUUAUUUACCAAUGUAUCGCGCUUCCCAGCAACGCUCUACUCACUUGGACUGCGUAGACCAGCUUACAAGAUAUUUUGAGUGUUUUUAAGAUAUUUUACUACAAAAAGAAAUAUAUAUUUGUUGUCGUCUUAUACAUCAAUCGAUCAAUUUUGAUAUUGAGUCUAAAUCGAUGGUACCAUAUUAUAUCAUCAUAGAAAUACUAAUUAAGUCGUCGGGUUUUAUUGUUAAUGGUUCUAAGAGUUCGUCGAUGCAUAUAUGUAGUCUUAAGGUUUAGUUUACUAGAGCUAUCCGGCACCUGACCGACCUGUACAGCUUGGUCUUUUCAUUUAGUAUUCUAUGUGAAAUAUAGAAUACUAAAUGCAAUAUAGUAUUAACAUGCACUGAUAAACACACAUGCAUUAUCAGUGCAUGUUAAUGAAUUAGACACACGCUCAAUUCAUUAACAUGCACUUUCACAAUGCGAGGCGGCAGCAGCAUUUCAGCAGGCUAAUUCACUAACUUUGACGUAUGUUAGUUGACAUAAUCGAAAUUGAGAUUGUAUGUAACAAAUGUCAUUCGGUGCCUACUGAUAAUCAUUCGUGAAUAUCAUACAGUAGGUAGAUGACAUUUCUCAGUUGAUUUGAUGAUUUUAAUAUGUUUCUGAUAAAGACCAAUUUAGUGAGUAGGCCAACUGGUGGGACGCUGGAUGGCUCUAGUGAGCUAUGAUCCUGAUGCUUUAGUUUAAGUUUUUUAUAUCAAUAAAUCCAACAAUAAUGUAGAUUUUACAUUGACGUGGUAGUAAUCACUUAUGCCAUAAACACACUUCGUCACUUUGGGCGUGGCCCAUAUUUUACAUAUUUACACUUCAGUGAAGUUGAUUAUAAUUAGCGAUUACCUAAAAUAUUGCUUUUAAAUAAUUAAAAAAAUAAUGUAAUGGCAGUACAAGUAUUAUAAUUACAAAGUAGUCAUAAGAAUUUAUAAAAAAAUGAGGAAUUGGAUGUUUUCUACAUAUAUAAAUAUUUAGUUUAGACGUACCUUAAUGCGCUAUAAGUACCAUUGCGAAUUGUAUAUAUUCAGACUUUAUCACGUUAAUACUUUAUCCAGAAUCUCUGUAUAUCCAAAAAAAUAAUAAUCUAUGAAGUAAGUUACGUGUAAGCCUACACUACACAGCCGCUUUAAAGGUUUGGUCAAACUGCGGAUGGGUCGUACUCUAUAUCUCCGGCUCGAAGGACCAUUCUGGCUUGAAUUGAAGGCUUGAAGCUUCAAUUGUGUAAAUUUCGAAUGCACUGGUUAAUUUUCACUGUAAUAUGUAGGCCGCGGUGGAGCCUUCGGUCUCGGCUGGGGGUUUCUUCGAGCCCCUUUCGGUGCUGAGGUAUCCUAUGGGUUGAUUUGAGGGUUUUAGGGGACUGCGACUUCUCGCUAUCCUGCCCUAGGGCUAUGUCAUGUCCGGUGAUUUGUCCCGCGCUAGUAGCGACUAGGUCCCCAUCCUGCACCGGAACUGUGUUUCGUCCAGUGUUUUUUCGCCGCGAAAUGCGAUGGUGUCGCUAUCCUGCAGCGGCGCUUCGUAAAUACUAAACAAGCCUGCCAGAAAAAUGAUACCCUGGAUACUCAGCGUGCCACAAGUACUUUCGUACGUAGGAGUGACUACGGGGUCAAAGAAGGACCUCAAAACCAGUUGACAUAAAAAGUUGAUUGUUUCCGCAACAUGGCUAGGUAUUUUAUUUUUCUGGUCAGUCAGCAGUCUAUACCUACAUUAUAACUGUAGCCGUCCCGUCCGCUGUUUGACCAAACCCUCAUCUCUUGUACAUUUAUGACCAUGUCAAAAAUGACAUGGUCGUAAAUGUUUUUAUUUCAAGAUUUUUCUAGAAAAAUCUUGUUAAAUUAAUUCAUAACCAUUAAUUAAAUCGGAAGCUUCAGUACAAAAUGUGUCAAACACGAGGAGAGCAAAAUUUUAGUUACUCUUAUGGAUCUAGAAGAUACCUAACUAAAACUAAAUAAUGGCUAUUCAAUAUAGCGUCUUCGUGUGUCAGGUUUUAUGUAUCUAAAGUCCAAAGUAUUUUUUGUAUUUCAAUAUUAACUAUUUCAAUAUCAUUGCGCUUUUAUAGCACGCAUAUCAUAAAGUAGGUACAAAUAGCAUAUAACAUAUACCUACCUGAAUAUAUACUUAUCUACAGUCAAAGUAGGAAAUUACUAUUUUUAAUUUGUGUAUUAGUGUAAAAUUUAAUAAUUUAAGUUAAUUUAUAGUAACACAAGGUAAAACUAAAUGGAGGUUUUUUAUAAGUAUAGUGACUUCAAUAAUUUCCUUGCCAUGAGUUGGUGUUGCCAACAUUCCUGUAUACCCAGGAAACAUUUUCAAUGUAUUUAAUUAAGGUAUAUUCUAGGGAGUGUUCUGCUACACCAAUAAUUGAAUUAUUGUGCAGCUGUUGUUAUCAGAGACGCCUAUCAUAGCCUACUAGUAUAUUCGCUAUCUUGGUCACUUUCAGAAAAUUGGAAGCCAAGGCUUUCUGCCAUAGGAAAUAUUUUGCUAUAUCUAGAGUAUUUUUUGUAUCAUUCAAUGAAGCUGCAAUGUAAUAAAUAGGUACUAAUUUCAAACAGACUUGGUUAAAAGAGAUCAUUCACGCUCCAUACAUUUUUGGGCUCUUUUUGAAAGUGCCGGCUAACAAAAAAAUGGCACAACUCGGUAAAAUUAGCCAAUUGGAGCCCUAGCUAAUGUAAUAUAGCAUAUAAAUUGUCGGGUUCAAAGAUAUUUCCAUACAUUUUGUAAUUCUAAAAAGUGCUCGCUAAGAAAAAAAACUGGUACGUAUCGUUAGCACUGUCCAUUUGGAGCAAUAGUUAGUAUGGCACAAAUGUUGCAGGAUUAGUCUGAACAAAGUUAUAAAGGUUCUAAGCUAUUACUCCAAAUGGCUAGUUCUAACAAUUCGUAGGCAUCAAUUUUUUUUAGCCGGCACUUUCAAAAAGGGCCCAAAAUUAAUGAUCUUUUAUCCUCUGAAAGACACAAAGUUAGCAAAUAAUCUAGGAUCAUACAAAAUUCACUGUUGUUUAUGAUUGGAUGACUAACAUGCUAAUUGGCUUUAAUGUUAUAUGGUUCUAUAUACCUAUUGAAAAAAGGCGUGUAUACAUAGUUGAAUACACUCAAAGAAGUGAAACUUGUAUGGAUCCAAAUGCCCUAUUAUUAUUUUAUUUUUCCUUGUGCAAAAGUUUCACUUCCAAAAGGAAAAUCUGCAACACUGUGUUGUCUUAAAGAAAGAAAUUUUUGAACAUAAUGAAACAACCCUAAACAGAAAUACCAGAACGUUUUGAUUAUUAUUAUUUGUUAUAUAUUUAUUUUGCUAUAUAAACCAAACUGAACUGUUCUGCGAUCCAACAGGCUGUGCUUAUUUGUAUAAACUCUUUAAGUUUAUGUUGUUUUCUUAAAUUAAGUUUGUGUAAUUUAAAUAAUAAUUUUGUGUUAUAUUAAGUGUAUUGUAAAAUAUAAAAUAUGUUAUUUUUUUAAUUAAUCAAAUUGUUUAUGAUUUUAAAUAAAUAAAGUUAAACACAUACACAAA